UAAAAAUUAUUUGGAUUAUGGUGAUAAUUCGAGUUGAGUAUACAUAUUAUAACUACAUCGCUGUUUUAUACGCACAGACCGAAGACAAUAAUAUUAUUAUUAUUUCGCUAUCAUAUAAUAUUAUCUCGACUAAACAUGAAAAUCGCUUUGCGUGGUUAAUGGCUAUCGUAGCGGCAACCAGUAUUGCGCAUAUCACACACGCCCAACAGUUUCCGUCUUCAGUCGCGCAGUCUCAACGAACGCUCAGCGGGCACGACCGCGCACAGUCGUAUAGGACGCGUCACUGACGACUUACAAGAAGUGUUAUUAUAUUUCUAUCGGGUUGUUUGCCGUUUACGUUAUCUUUUCUGUCACGUCGACACGCGCUUGAGCGAGAUGGGCCGUUGGUUUACGUGGCUGCCGACGCUACUUCUGUUGCGGUUUGUGGCCUUUGCCGACGAUCGGUGUCCGAUGAACGCUUCCCAACCGGCGCCCGAAAACGCUUACCAGGUGAACGACGUACUGUGGGCCGGACAACCGGAAAAAUCGUAUCCGCCGGCUGCGUACCGUUCGGUGCAGGAUGUCGGUUACGUCCUUUGCACGUGCGAAACAGGAACGUGUAUCCGCAAGUGCUGCGAGCCGAACGCUGCGUACGUGAAUUCGAGAUGCACGCCACUGAACGCGUCGGACCAUGUCGCUGAGUUCAAGGUUCCAACAUUUGUAAAUGAGCACGGGACGGUUGAUGUUUAUGAGAUGGGCCUGUUUCAUAUAGUCUAUGGAAAACUAACAUGUUUUGGAAAAUAUAAAUUGGAUCCGUCAAAAGAUAAAAGUCAUAAUUUCCAAGUAAAUAAUGCGGGAUUCUUACUGAGUGAAUCGGCAAAUGUUGGACCGGAUCAAUUUUGUUUGGAGCAAUUUUCCGAAUUAAAUUAUCAAAUUUUAGCAGUUGUUUGUUCUCCGAAACAAUUGGCAGGCCAAACACAGGAAAGAAAUGUAUUUAAUACCAUCGGCAUGAUCCUAUCACUGCCAUUUUUGUUUUCAACGUUCCUUGUUUAUGCGCUUAUCAAAGACUUACAGACUUUGCAUGGAAAAUCUUUAAUGUGUCAUGUAGUAACGCUAUUGGUGGCCUACACCAGUCUAAUAGUUGUUCAAUUAAUAACUGAAAAUGGUGAUAAAACAUGGUGUAUUUUUUUAGCGUAUACCCUUCAAUUCACGUUUUUGGCAAGUUUUUUCUGGCUUAAUAUUAUGUGUUUUGAUCUAUGGUGGACUUUCAGUGGAUUUAGACCAUUAAGAGGAAAUACACAAGAAAAUGAAGAAAACAAGUUUAUUAUCUAUUCAAUUUAUGCGUGGGGAUGUACUACAUUAAUUUCAAUAAUAACAUUUGGUAUGGAUAAAUUGCCAUAUUUACUAAUUGAUAACAUUCGUCCAAGAAUCGGAAUUAGUAGUUGUUGGUUUGGUUAUUUAGCCACGCUGUUAUAUUUUUAUGGUCCUAUCGGUAUUUUAUUAUUUAGUAAUCUAUUAAUGUUUAUACACACGGCAAUAGUGAUUGUCAAACAUAUGAGAGAUGCUAAAGUACUGAGAGGAUCUGAAAGCCAAAAUAACGCGAACCAUUAUGAAAAACAAAGAUUCAUGUUGUAUUUGAAAUUAUUCAUCGUCAUGGGUGUCAAUUGGUUAGCAGAAAUUAUAUCAUGGGCAACAGAUUCAGAUGGUUCUGAGUAUGUGUGGUAUGUCACAGACAUUGGAAAUUCUCUGCAAGGAGUGUUGAUUUUUUUAAUCUUUGUAUGUAAAAAACGUGUAUUAAAUUUAUUAAACAAAAAACUUUGUCCACAAUUUCAAAUUUUUAAGACAUCUACUAGAACCACUAAUUGCACCGUCCCAACUAAGACUAGCUCUAAUGCAAAAAUUAAAGAUGCAGUUGAAAUGUCCACUGAAAGCACAAGCGAUUUAACUAAUAAUCAAUUAAACGACAUAAGUUAAAUGAUUGUGUAAUAAAAAUAAAAUAGUUUUUAUUAAAUUUCCUUGAACUAAUCUUAAAACAUUAUUAAUCAUUAUUAUCAUUAUAUAAAUGUACGCUUGUGACCACGAUUUGUAUUUUUAUUAGAAUUAAGUUUUUUAUUUUGUAUUCUAUAGUUUAUGUUAGUUUCAAAAGUAUAUCAUAUUAGAUACACAGAUGCUUUUUUAGCUAGUAAUAUGUAUUAUUUACAUGCAACCUUAAAGUAUUUUUAAUAGUAGGUAAUAGGUAUAUUAGGAGAUUAUUUAUAAUUAUAAUUAUUAAUCAAAUUUUUAAAGAAAUGAUAAUUUUAUUAAUCAUAUAUUAAUCAUGAACACUC